AAGAGAGAGAGAUCGGAGAAGGCGAUUCCCGGCAGUGUCCCCGGCGAGAUUCCGGUACAUCUCUUCUUUGUUUUCCUGCUUUGGAUCAAGGUAUACACCUUAUCCGAGAGCAUAAGAGGGUUUCUAGCGGUUUGGUCUCCGGGACUAUCCCAAAAUGGGGUACCCGGAAACCACUGGCCCCAAGAAACAACCCUUAUGUGAUAAAAUCUUCGAGUUGUCUGUGGUUGAUGCUUGUUUUGAGCUAAGAUCUGUAUGAUGCACAUGUUGGUUUCAAACAGAUGAUAUUGAUCUGCAUUAUUAUGUCUUAACUAUCUUGUAAUUAUGAUUGGGAGUAUGAGAUUAUUAUUAUAUAUAAAUAUUUUUUUUAUUG